GGCAGCGUCGCAGAAGUGGCAAGCGGCGCCUGCGGACCAGGUUAGGCUUAGAACGCCGGAAGGAGGGAUGCGACAGCUCAAGAAGGCCGACGUGCAACAGAAGGAGUGGGAUGACGACCUGCAACCGCACCAGCGCGACAACACCAAGGAAAGCCAGAUUCUGAUGUGGAUAUGGAAUUGCCUCGAGAUGGUCAGCUGCCUCGACUACGAACAGUUUCUCAAAGACGGCGUCGCUCUCUGCAAGUUGAUGAACCACGUGCGACCGGGCUCGGUGAACAUGGAGGAAGUGAGCAGCGGAAACGACUUCCGCCAGAAGCGGCGGAACAUCGAGCUCUUCCUUCGAGCCGCCAAGGCGUACGGAGUCGAGGAACGCCUGCUCUUCCAACCCGAGGACCUGCUCUUCCUGCGACACGUACCCCGAGUCACCAGGUGCAUCUACGCCCUGGGAAAGCUGGUGGACCAGGACUCUGGCUACUCGGGUCCCAAGCUGGGUGAGGAGCCCUACGACCCCGUGAACGUGGCGGCGGGAAGACGCCGCGGCGGCAUGCCCAUCGGGGAUGACAUCUACGUGGCACACGUCAAUGUUCGGGACGUCAUCCGCCGGCUGCCCUCAGUCACCGAAGGAGAAGACGUCAUAUCCGUCGGGUGAUGCACGGAAGCAGCGUGACGCUUCAACCCAGUGAAACCUGAGCCACCUGCGAAGAACGUGUUCCAACGUGAGGACAGAAAUCGGAGUGCAGGGAGGUAUCCACUUGAUUGGCUCUUAAAGGUAGCUGGUCACAACUUCACCAAGUGCAGUGGUCAUAAACUCCGCCUCAGCGUAGUACCAUUCAAUUGGUUUCGGACAUUCACGUCUGCUACUUUCGAUGCGCACAUCUCAUUUCAGUAUGCGGCGAAAUUGUCAUUUUUCGUAUGCACUUUUCUGUCAGCAGGACAUAAGUGUUUAACGCAUUCCUGCUGUAAACAAUAUCGGCAAUAAAGCUUUAUUAAAAACAGAUUCUGGAGGAACCCAUUU